AUGGCCGGUCUGCGGCGAGCCGAGGAUUUCUGGUGGAAAAUCUGGAAGGCCGCCGAGCCUGUCAGGGAACCCGGCAACUUGUGCGACCCUGGUCUUCAGAUGCUGCACCUGCAACAUUAUGGGGCGAUAUCAGUAUCAAACUGCUUGGAUGUUCAUGCUUGGCCUGCUGAGAAUGUCCUCCAUGUGUGCGACAGCAGCCACAACGACGACGACGACGACGGCACAUUGUAG